CUUCCGUGUCGAUGUUGUAAGGCACUAGAAUGUUGAUGUCCCAAAACUCGUAUAAGUUGUGCAAGACUGCUUUAAAAAUGUAUAAAAACGCACUGACAGCUGAAUUUGAAGUUAUAACAUAAGUCAGAUGGUAUAGUUUGAUUAAAAGGAGUUGAAAGUUUACUAUUUCCUGACACCUGGUUUUUGCUAGGCCGCUUUGAAGUUUGCUGAUUUGCGUCAACAACGUCAACAUACUUACUAAUAAAUAACACCGACAGCGGUCAACAGUUGUGAAAUUUCUUAUUUAUAUCUGUAUUGUUUAAGCAAAAAUGCCAGGCAGAGGUAGAGGCAGAGGUCGUGGAAGAGGAAGUGGACAAUCAGCUGGCAGGGGACGCGGACGAUCAGCUGGCAGGGGACGAGGACGAUCUGGAGGUAGGCGAGGGAGAGGAAUGUCAAGGGGAGGUUACCAGAACACAGGGUCCAGGGAUCAUGAUGACAGCAAAGACAAAGUUGUGAAAGAUCUUGACGUGAAUAAAGACGUGACGUCAUACUUUGUUGGAAGUGUAUCGGCUGACCAACACUAUGAGGGCCAGAACCAGAACAGGGACCGGUACGCUGCAGGAAUGGCAGUCCUUGAGAAAAAUGGUGUUGAAAUUGCACUGAAUGCUAGAGUAAGAGCAUUAGCAGCAGCAUGGGCUAGACAUGACUAUGACUUGGCCGAUGCAUUCCUAAAGAACAAGGAUAAUUUUGGUCUUAACGAAGUGCUGAAGGCCCUUUCACUCCUGGACUCGGGCAGACAGGUUCGAGUCUUGGAAAAGAAAGUGAAGAGAUUGCAGACGUCAGGAGGGAAGGUUAAACCUCACACCAUGGGAAAGCUGAAAUCAGACAUAGAUAAUCUGAAUAAAAAUAAGCCAACAAAUGGCAGUGCCAGUGGAGCUGUCUGUAAACAUGUACAGAGAUGGGUAAAGAGAUUCACAAAGAAGGAGCUGGAGUUUUAUGCCCUGCAUUUCCCUAAGGAACCUUGGAAGAAACUAGCUGAUAUAUGCCAUUUUAAUCCCAAAAAGGACUUUGCUGCUCUGGAAUGGUUCAUUGACUUCUGUUAUGGAGCUCCGGCUCCCGAGGGAACACUAGCGCAGAGAUGCAGGGACGUCACAGAGGAAAAUGUGAAUGGACUUCUUAAAGAGUUUAAUAUUCCAUACGCUCAUAUAAAACCACAUAUCUCUAACACAGCAGUACUGACCACAGAGUCCAAGGCCAGAAUAGCUUCAUAUGAAACCAAACUGGAUACUGUUCUCUGGUAUUAUGAAGAACUUAGGUGCACAGAGGCUGAUCAAGUUAUUCAGGAUAGAAUCAACUCGGGGGAGACAAUCACUCUGCCUAAUGGAAAACUGCUGGAACGAUUGCUGGUAAUUAAAAUGUACAUGGAAAACAGAAGACCUAUUGACUGGAAAUUUAACUGUGAGGGCUGGGACUGCGAAGGCUGGGACUGCCCCAGCUGCAAGAAAACACAAGAAAGUACUACCGAUGAAAUAAAGGCACCUUUCUUCAAGCAGCUCUUACCACUGGCUCAGACGAAAAUUGAUGGGAUUAGUCUGUCCUUGGAAGCACCAAUCGUUGUCAUUGGUGAUGCGUCUGGCUCAAUGGAAGUUGCUAUAAAGACCAGUUCAAUCAUUGCCGGACUUCUGACGGCAAUUACGUCUGCCCAGCUGUGCUUUUUCAACAAUAAAAAUAGAUAUGCCCCAUAUCUACCAAAAAAUGUUGAAGAGGUACUUCAGCUGGCUGUAGACACAGAAGCAGGAGGGGGGACAACUCCAGCAGCCAGUCUGUGGCCAUUCUAUGAAAAGAAAGAAGUUGUAAAAACAUUUAUCAUUGUGACCGAUGAGGAGGAAAAUGGAGAUUAUAAUGAUUAUGAAUUUCAUGAAUUGUUCAAGAAAUACCAUGACGAGGUUUAUCCUGCUAAGCUUGUUUUUGUGUCUUUCUUCUAUCACCAACAGUCAAGGGGUUAUAUGGUACCUAAACUAGAAGAACUCGGAUUUAAACCACUUAGAUUUGUAUUUGACUUAAAUCGGCCAGACUUAACAAAACUAGACAAACUUUUCGGUAUGCUGGCAACAGGGACAUCAAGUUUCAACGAUGAAAUAGCAGAAAUGGAACAUAUCAUUAAAACAAAUGGGAUUGCGAAAGCUUUUGAAAAUGUCAGCUUUUAAGAUGGUAUACAUGUAUUAUGUAUUGACUGUUAUGUUACUGUGAUGGAGUAAUAUAUAGAACGACAACAACGAUUGUGCUCUAACUAUACUUAAUGUGUAGUAGUUCCUCGCUAAACUCAAGUGAGACCCAGAUAAAGCAUACAUUACAUUAUAUAGGUGAAGGGCACACAACUCUUCCAGGCUUGCUGGAUCAGGUUACUAUAAAUACACCAAUCAUCUUGCUGUUGAUAAGUGAGAAAUGGAACAGAUUGUCUUUGAUGUGGUAUUGAUAAGCUAUAUACAUAUAGUGAGCAUGUUGGUACAACAAAGUAUGAUGUGGUAUUGAAAAACCAGUUACCUAUAUUUGAACUAACAUAUACACACUCCAAAGAUCAGAUUCUGAAUAUGGAAUUUCAGUCAUAAAAAUAAAAUGGUAUUUUUAGAGAUAAGACUUGAUAAAAGUUAUUGUUAUGUGCUUGCGUUUAGUGCAAAUCCCUGAAUUAAAAAUUCAGAAUUUUCAUUUUAUGAUAGUGAGAACAUAUUGAAAGAAAACUCAAGAAUUUUAGUUUAAGAUAGAAAAAGAAACACUGGACAGACAGGUUGUUGUGAUAGAAUUAUUUAGUGUCAAACACAGAUGUGGGGUAGUAGUAUGAAAAUGCUUAAAAAUGGUUAUUUUAAUAAAAAUUAUUUAAGCUGCUAAAUUCAAAUAUAGGGCAGUAGUAUGACCUAUUGCCCUGUUAAGUAGUCACUGAAAUGACAAGUUCUGUUUUUUGAUAGAAUUUAGCUAGGUUUAUUUCUAGAGUACAUUUUUUCUAAAUUAUAUUUUUUUAAUGUGUGGAUAGUUAUUUCAAAUAUUUCCAUGUUGACAAUAGUUUCGAUGCAUACACAGUUUUAUAAUUGUCACUAUUUUUUGUCGUUUGUAUUCUUAAAUGUUGAUUUACUGUUUUUAAAUGGUUUUCUACAUUACUACAUACUUAUAUUUUAAACAAUUUUUUAUAUUUAUGUAACAAAUAUUAUUUGUGUCACUAUUUUUUGUCCGUUGUAUUCUUAAAUGUUGAUUUACUGUUUUUAAAUGGUUUUCUACAUUACUACAUACUUAUAUUUUAUACAAUUUUAUUAUAUUUAUGUAACAAAUAUAAUUUGUGCAAUUAUUGGAUAUUUAAAGAGAUUUAUUUUAUAAUAUUUUAUGAUUAUGUUUUUACUACAGCUGACAUGAUGUUCCCCAGACAUUGUUGCUAGUCUGUGUUAUAA